GGAGAGGGGACAGGGAGGCUGGAGGACUGCAGAGCCAUCUGAGGGAGAAUGGGUCUUUGCUCGGCGAUCUGGGGGAGCCUCCCAGCAACAGCGCGCGUGGCGGGGUUCCUCUGCCGAGCCCCGAAGACCUCAGCCAGGGUGUGGACACUCAGACGCUAAUCGAGCAGACAGGGCAAGAUCAGUGCGCCUCACAGCCUGACUGUACUCCAGCCCCGGGUCCCUGCGAGACCAAAGCGACAGAGUCAGGGUUGCCAAAUGGGAUCUCGAGGUCGGAGAAGGAGGGUCCUAAGCAGGGAAAAACCACUUCCGCGGACUGGCUCCCUCCUCCUUCCCAGGAUUCUGCAGGAGCUGGAGCCCUGGGCUCGUGCACGCUCAUCGAGGGGCUGCUCUUCCCCGUGGAGUACUACGUCCGGACCACCCGGCGCAUGGCCUCCUCGCAGAGCAGGGUGGACCUGGAGGCCGUGAUCGAGAGCCAGUUGAGCUGGGGCAGGAGGAGGAGGAGGAGGAGGAGCAGCAGCAGUGUCCGCGGGGCGAGGAAGGAGGCUAGCCCAGGGCAGGACAGCCAGGGCUCUUCCCCUGCCCCGCCGUCUGGACCGCACACAGGCACGGGUCCGACCAGCUCUGGCCACUUGGCGUCAGAGCCCGGGGGUAGCCAGGGGGCGCUGUCCUCGCCUGCAACCCCGGGGGGUGUGGCCACCAAGCCCAAGACGGCCAGAGUCAUGAGGCCCGCCAGAGGGAAGGGACGAGGAAGAGUGCCAUGCCAAAAAUCAGAACUGGGACCACUCCCUCACUGGGGUUCUGAAAACCCCCCAGCUUCUGGGAGCAGGGGAUCGCCUGGAGAUUCCCAUUCUGGGAAAACUAAAACGGAGUUAUAUCCCAUCUUCCAGGGCAAGUGUAAGCCAGCCAACAGCCAGGAGCAAGAGCACAGUGGUUUGCAGAGUAUUGCAAUGGAUCAGCUAAAAGGAGACGUGGGGUGCUCCCCUCUAGCCAGAGGGCCGUGCAGGGCCCUCCGCCCACUGUCCCGUCCCUCGCAGGGCAGCCCGCGGCUGCCUGGUCUCGGCGACGGCGUGCUCCGCCUGCGCUCGCUGCUCUCCCAGUUCGACGUCAAGGACUUCCACCUUCCCGACGAGGAGUUUGGGCGCCUCAAGCUGGAGAAGCUGACGAUGUCGGCCGCCGCCCGCCCCGCGCCCGUCGCGCCCUGUGCCUCCCCCUACUACACCCGCCGCCUGGCUGCUGAGAGGCGCCGCCUGCCCCUGGACCCACCAGCGGAUCUGUGGGGUCGCUGUACCCCCGGGAACUCCGACCCGGUGGAAUCCCGGGCGCAGACUCCCGGGGUCCCUGCGGGGGGGCCGGGCGACCUCAUGGCACCGAGGGUGGCCCCAGUCCAAGCUGUGCUGGGACUGUCUGGGCGCAGAGUGGCCUGCUCUGUGGACACUGCAUCCAGGCAGACUGUGGAUCUGUUCAGUCUUUCAGAGCGAGGCAGGCCGGUCAGGACGCUCUCCCUGGACUCUGCGGGACAGUCUGUCCAGGCGCUGGCUGCGGUAGAGGGGGAGACGGACGCUCUGAUUGGCUCCACAGCCGCCGCAGGCAGCAUCGCUCUGUGGCUGGGCAGCGAGCAGGGCGCGGGCCAGAGGCCGGCCAGUAACAAGCUUGUAGGGGCCUGA